CGGAAAUGCACCAGUGAUUCCGCCACACUCUGCCGGAAGUGCCCCUGAGAUUCCCCUUUAUUCUGUAGUGGCAAGAAGCAGAAAAAAUAUCCCGAAAGUAGUUUAAAUUCUGACAUAAACCGCUGGAAACGCGUCACUGGUUCCCUGAAACUCUUGUUAAGCUCUGCCGUUACCAGGAAAUACCAGAUGGGCCCUGAAAGAAUUUUACCAAAUCAAACUGAAGAAUUCAGUGAUCCCCAAGACCCCCCUGCAGACUGGAGUGGGGGAGAAGAGGAGGAGGAGGAAGAAGAGGAUGUUCACAAUGGGUACCAAUACCAGCCAUUGAACCAGGAUCCAGACGAUGGGAUUCCAACAGAGGGUGACAUCCAAGAUCGACUUCAGGCCAUGCGGCUGCAUUUACCUGAUCCUCCUGUAGACAGUGAUGAUGAAGAUGAGAGUGGAGCUUCGAGCGGUUCAAUCCCUAUGGAUCCAGAUCAUGUGGAACUUGUAAAAAAUGCCAUGGCGGCAGUAAAGUUACCUUCAAUUUCCAUCCCAAUUUGGGCACAGCAGAUUUCGGAUGCUGACUGGGAUCAUCUGGUGCAUCAGACAAUUCAGUGUCGGACUUCAGGAUCUACAUCCAGUAAAAAGUGAAAGGAGGGCUUCAGCCAUCUAACAAUGGUGGGAACACGUCACAGGACUUUGGAUACCUUCAGAAGCCAGAACCCCUCCUGCAGCCCAUACUGGGAUGUGAAUGUGCGAUAUGUGUGUUUUUGUGGUUAUUAUUGCUGCCGUUGAUAUUAAUGAACAUUCAUAUUAAGGGAGCUGGUGAGGGGAGAAAAUAUAUAAUUCCUAGCAAUUACUAU